UGCUUUGCUAUGAGUCACUCCCUCAUCCUGCCCCUAAAUGACAGAAAGGGAGGGGUUGUGUUUCUCAGAGUCGACAGGGAAAAUGAUGGCUUCAAAACAGCAGCUGUGCCAUUAGGAACAGAACAACCACAGAUGCAUUACAGAUUUGCUUAAGACUCAAACGGCAAAGUUCAGACCCACCGAUGGCAAAUAAACAAGAGAUCAGAGUGACUGCCCCAAAGUGCUGGGCUACAUAGAGAAGGUCUCCUCUUUCGCUGCCUCCCUCGAUCCUCUCUUUGGGAUUGUGACAUCUGUAGUUUGGGUGGUCAGGAAAGGCCUGGUGGCCGAGGAGGACCAUGAGCUGGCCCAGGACUUCAAACAAAUCCACGAGAAGCUGGAAGUCAUCUCGGAGAAGAACAAGCAGACCCUUCGGCGGAUCCGCAUCGAUGAAGUCAAUGAAACGUUCGGUAAAUACGAGGAGUACAUCAAGUAUCAGUACGGAGCCUUUAACACCAUGGUGGAGAGAGUAUAGCUUGACCCGGACAACUCGGAGAAACACAUGGAGGACUUUGUGAAGAUCUACGAGAGGGACAAGAGUGAUCUGAGCUUAGAUGUGUAUUAUCGUGGAGUGAUGGGCACCGGGGCUCUGUUCGGACGGCCGCUGCUGAAGGUUUACUUGGAGCACUGCGAUAGGAACAGAAGAGUGAUGGAGGCCAGAUGCUCACACAUUGCUCACCUUUUCUACAUCGGUCUUAUGACACUGAUGGCCUACACCUCGGUCACAGAAGACGAUGAGAAUGAAGUGACGGACAAAUGGGAACAGAGGGUUGUUGAUAUUCAAGCCAAGAUGCAAGAAGCUCUGGACCAAUGUGAACAGGGAAACUGAUGUGGGACGUUGCACUGAAAUACUGCUGAGACAAAUCCAUAUUAUGUUUUGAAUGUCACAAAUGACUGAAUGUAAUGUAAAGCAGCUUUCCAGCAAUACAUCCAAAUAUUUAAGUUACACAUUGUUAAAAGUCAUUGUCUCAUGUUUUGUGGACCAUCUCUUGAGUUAUGUGUUUAAUAAAUGUAUAUAUUUUCUCU